AUGAAGCUCAAGGUCAGAACAACGUCUGUUGAUAGAUUGAAGAACUCAAUUGUACCCAUUGUCUCGCUUAGAAAGCAUGCCAUAUUGAGGUUUACGCCACAGGGUCUCAACGUUAUAUCGUCAGAGUUCAACGAAACCACCGUAUGGUGUACUCUCGCUGCUGAAAUAUUCGAUAUCUACGAGGUUGAGUCACUCAGGGAUAACACAAUAACUAUUGAGCUCAACAUUGAGCAUCUACUUCUUGUGUUGAGGCAGUAUGAGAAAAGUAAUGCCGAUAAGAUCACCAUCAGACUUCACAGGAAAGAGGCGACAGGUGGAGGUAGCACAACACGGGCCUCAAAGUUGAACCUUCUGUUGAACGUCUUCUUCAUCAAUACCAUAUCGUUGAUGAGUACGACGCCAGUGGAACAUACGUAUAGUAUCCCUGUGACGAUGUUGAAGAAGGAGAGGGAUGCAAAGAUUGUCGAACCACACUUGGACAAUAUCGACGUUAUGAUGAAACUUCCCAGAGACAUCGGGCUCCUGUUCAAGAGAAUAGAGAGGUAUAAGUACUCUGAUAAGCUGAACGUCAUUGGAACCAGCGCUGGACAGUUGUCUCUGAACAUCAAUGUGGAAAACUCCAUGGAUUUGACAAUCAGCUGGAACCAGGAGCUGGAAGUUAGAGAAUUGGACACGGAAGAACACACAUCAGCAUCACAAAUGGAUGAUGAAGAAGAAGCUGGAGAGUCGAAAUACGAGAUUCAGGUCAAGAUGAAGGAUUGGAAGUUGGGAGCAAGGCUAUGCGAUUUCUCACAGAAGAGGCAUUGGUGUUACACGGAUACUUGGAUGAAGAAGAAACGUGUCAGAUAA